ACUGUCCAUGGAACAUGAAAAAAAUAUACUUUUUGGAAGUCAGUGGUAACAAUGGUACUGUUUGUUUACCAACAUUCUUCAAAAUAACUUUCUUGCUCCAUGGAAGACAUAAAGUCAAACAGACAGACAGAACAACAUGAGGGUUAUACAUUUCUUUGCCUUUGUUUUUGGAUGAAAGACAUUUAUCAUGAACAGGACCCCUGCACUCUAUCAGUGGACAACAACGGUAACCAAUGGUCCUCUUCACGUGUAUCAUCAUACUACAUCCAGUAAGAAUGGGACACUGGAUGAUGAGCCAGAUACUGAUGCACCAUAUGACUAUUCUGACUACUAUACUGGAAAUGAUGAUUCAUCUGCAUUUUCCUGUGUUUAUGGAGAUCAUGGAGCUAGCAUUCUUCCUGUAUUGUACUCCCUAUUUUUUGUGGUGGGUUUUCUGGGUAACAUACUGGUGAUCUGGGUGGUCUUGAUGGGUGUUAAGCUGAGAAGCAUGACUGACAUUUGUCUUCUGAACCUGGCUUUAGCUAACUUGCUGUUGGUCUCUUCUCUUCCUUUUCUGGCACACCAUGCCAGAGACCAGUGGAUCUUUGGAGAUGUUAUGUGCACUAUGGUCCUUAGUGUCUACCACAUUGGAUUCUACAGUGGGAUAUUCUUCAUUGUACUGAUGAGUGUUGAUCGAUAUUUAGCUGUAGUUCAUGCUGUGUAUGCCCCGAGAGUCAAAACAAGAACAUAUGGGAUCUUAGCCAGUCUGAUCACAUGGAUUGUUGCUGUUUCUGCAUCCUUUCCUGAGUUGAUACAUCUAAAAACUACAGAUUACAAUAAACAAAAACAUUGCACAUCUUAUCCAACAAAUGAUCAAACUUCUAACCUUUAUUCAAGGACUUUUGGUAUCUUGAAAAUGAAUAUCAUGGGUUUAAUUCUCCCACUUAUUGUGAUUGGAUUUUGUUACUCAGUGAUUUUAAAGAGACUCCUGACAGCUCGUUCUUCAAGGAGGCAGUCUAUGCACCUUGUCACAGUUUUGGUGGUCUUCUUCUGCUGUUGGGUUCCAUACAAUAUCACAGCUUUUGUGAAAGCCUUAGAGCUGAAUGAACUCAUAACUCAAUCUUGUGACAGCAGUAAGGCAAUCAAUCUAAGUCUGCAAAUCACAGAAGCUUUGGCUUAUUCACACAGUUGCCUGAACCCCAUUUUCUAUGUGUUUGUGAAAGAGAAACUUAGAAGGCAACUUUUCAAACUCCUGGACAGGACACCUUGCAGUAGACUGCAAUUUGUGAAGAACUACCUUACACAGGCCACAGUCCCAGUUUACUCACACAGCACCAAUGAUGAGAGGACUAGUACAAAAGUGUAAAUUGGGAAAAGAUUGUUAAAAGGAAAUGUUAAAUAUAUACUAAUUUGUUUUUAAUCUAGCAGCAUUGAUGUAGUGGACAUAUUAGAAGUUGGCGACCUCUGCGCCCGGAG